AUGGACAAGGCCAAAGCCCACGGAUUCCUCUCGUCGCUACUCAACAGGAAGUUGCGCAUACACACCACAGACGAGAGGAUGUUCUGGGGGGAUUUUAAGUGUACUGAUCCGGACCAGAACAUUGUGCUAGCCUAUACAUACGAGUACCGUCAGCCCUCUGCCCAGCAGCGCGCACAGGCCGCUGAAGAGAGCGCCGCGGCAGGCGAAAAGAGCCUCAAGAUGGAGAUGUCGCAUAGAUACCUGGGGCUGGUGGUCGUCCCGGGAGAGCAUAUCGUGAGGAUCGAGAAGGAGGAUUUUGCCAGCCAGAUGAAGCUUCAACACUCCAUCUGA